GUUGUGUUGAGUGUCUGUGGUUGUGCAGCAGCCUCACUCCUUGACCUGAUACCGCACUGAAAGAGAAAAAUCAUUAGAAUAUACGUGGAUUAAACAGUGUCUUGAUUCUGAACUACUAUUACUACUACUGCUGCUGCUACUUCUAUUCCUAUCGUGGCAGCGGUGACCUGUUGUGACCUGCCCAGACCUGCGCGAUGUCCCAGCCGUGGACCCUGAUGGUGGCCCUGGCGGCGCUGUGUGGUGGCGCACUGUCAGUAGAAGGGGACGGCACGCAGCACCUGACUCGUUGCAUCAGGAUGGCCGAACCGUUGGUCAAGAGUCCAGAUUACAUCUUCCCGCUCACUACCAGGGACAUCGAAGCCGUGUGCAAGCUUUGGGAGAACUUCGUGUACUGCGUAAAAGAGUACGCCAUGACCCACCUGACGGCGCCGCAGCAGCGGGAGUUCUACCAGGUGAUCGACAGCUCCAUCAAGUCUGCUAACGAGCUGUGCAUGAAUGAUCCCGAGUAUAUGAGAGCGUACAUGGGCAACGCACCGUGCUUGAGAAGAGUAUCCACGAACAGUUCCCUCUGUGGGGGUCAGUACCGAUACAUGGCGGACGUGGUGCAGGGUCUCCAGGCCACCGAUGCUCAAGUCUGCUGCGCCCACCUCAAGUUUCGGGAGUGCGUGUUGCAGAGGACGCCGCGAGAGUGUGACGGGACGGGAGGAGCUCCUGAGAACGGUCCGCCUUCACACUUCAUGCGCACUUUACUAGACCGUGCCCUUGGUUACCUCCUGCAGAAAUGUCAGAACUUCGUCCCCAACUCGAGAGACUGUCCCCCAGGAAACUUUGAAGCACUUACCACAACCACCACCAUUGCUCCGGACAAGGCCACGCACAUGGGACUGGACGGCGGUGGCGCUUUUGGCGGUGCGGGUGGCAGUGUGGACAGCGGUGCGGGCAGCAGUGGUGAUUCCCACAACCAUCUCGGACCUGCAACACCUAGCGGUGUUUCCUCUCCAACCCACAGCAGCCCACACACCCCUCGCUUCACCUGGACCACCCCAAGUACUUCUCAAGUCACCUCCGAUCCGUCGCUCAGUCUCGCGGGCAACAGUCUCUAUGGGGCGGAAAGUCAGCAGUACCGUGGCUCCGGGAAAGUUGUAGUGCCGUCCAUGACUCUCCUCAGUCUUUUUAUCUUCCUUCUAGCUUCCGUCUAGACCGUGGUUGCGGUGCCUCGGGUUCUUUCCGUUCGUCUGUCCGUCCGUCCGUUUCUGUCCGAGAUGCUUCGUGGUAUGUGUAGUGUUGAAAUGUAAAUCAAGGCUGGCAUGCUACUUUUGUAUACAUUUAUUGCUCUGCUCUGCCCUUUUUUUUUCUUUCUUUUUUUUUUCUACAUAUAUAGAAUACACACACACACACACACACACACACACACACACACACACACACACACACACACACACACACACACAUGUUCAAAUAGAUUGCUAAUUAGCUCAGUGGAGGUAAAACAGGCUCUCGCCUGUCUUUCAUCAUGUGUAAUUUGGAGCCACAUUCAAAUUGAAAAGGAUUUUUCACUGACUUUGAUUACUGUCAUUCACCAUAUAUUGGUGUGUUGCGUCUCAGCCUUCCCAUCGAUCGGUCUUUGUGAACUCAAAGGUCUUUCUGGCAGGAUAUAACUAACUGGCGGCCACGAGUAAUCAAGAUUAAACACACACACACACACACACACACACACACACCUUUUAUAGAUCUGAGUGAAGAUAAUACUAUUCAUGUUCACCCGACACAUUUGGCUCGUGUAUCGGAGGCCUAAUGGAGCAGAGCGAAACAACCAGAGAGGCACCGCGUCCUCAGCUGCAUUUAGAUACAUGAUAGGAAUGAUGGGGAUCGGAGAUGAACGAACCCGACAGCCCUUUAUAAACGCACAAUAUUACCCAUAUACGUACAUACUCGUACUUGUCGAGGCGUACACAGCUGUGCCUUGAUAGGUGGCACCUCGUCUUGCAUCGUAAGUCUUCCUCAAAAUUACUACAUGAAACAGAAAACGAAAGAAAA